UAACGUUAUUUCAUUCAGUUUCAUUUUCAUGGGAAAUUCAGAAUGAUUGUGGGCAAACGCUAGUAAAACCGGGAAUACUCACUUGCUCUUUUUUUCCUCUCUCAUCUUCUCUUUCUUAUUUUUCUUGUCCCUUCUCUCCUUCUAUUUCCCUUUCUCUCUCAAUUUCUCUCCCUUUUAGAUGAAUUUGUGUUUAUUUCAUUUUGGUUGGUGAAGAUCGACAUGUCAUCAGGAGACCUGGGCUAUGCCGAUGUACCACAAAAACAGUUGUUUCGGCCUUUUACCAGGGAAUCCUUGGCGGCCAUUGAAGCCAGGAUGGCAGAAAAGAAACAAAACGAAAAAGAAGAGAAAAUCACCGGAGUGGACGAACUUUAUGUACCACACCGUGAGGAAGAAGAACUGCAUCCAGAUGAAUCUUUGGAAGCGGGUAGAAUACUUCCGAAGUACUUAGAACGUGGUUUCCCUCCUGACCUAAUAGGAACUCCCAUAGAAGAUUUGGACAAAUAUUAUGAGAAGGCUGGAAUUCCGACCUUUGUUGUUGUAAGCAAGGGAAAAGAUAUCUUCCGUUUUAGCGCAACCAAAGCCUUGUUCAUCUUAAGCCCGUUCAACCCGAUUCGUCGAGUUGCCAUUUUUAUGCUUGUCCAUCCUUGGUUUAGCUUUCUUGUUAUCGUUACUAUUCUUGUUAAUUGUAUUCUAAUGACCAUGCAGUCAAGUGAAAUUGAGCGAACAGAAAUCAUUUUUACUACAAUUUACACAUUUGAAUCAUGUUUAAAAGUGACUGCCCGAGGUUUAAUACUUACAAAUUUCACAUAUCUCCGGGACCCAUGGAAUUGGCUGGAUUUUGUUGUUAUUGCCCUAGCCUAUUUAACCAUGCUAUUUGAAGAUUUAGGAAACUUAAGCGCUCUUCGUACUUUCAGGGUUUUACGAGCUUUAAAAACAGUUGCUGUUGUUCCAGGUUUAAAAACAAUUGUUGGUGCAUUAAUUGAAGCUGCUAAAAACUUGAAAGAUGUAACUAUCCUGACAUGUUUUUCACUUUCUGUAUUCGCCUUAUUGGGACUUCAAAUUUACAUGGGAGCUUUAACCCAAAAAUGUAUCCUCCAUGGACCAAGUAAUAUGACCACAGAGGAAUGGUUUGAUUGGUGUAAUGAUAGAUCCCAUUGGUUAAACACUUCAUCGGGUGAUCCGAUUCUUUGUAGCAACACUUCUGGUGCUACUUUGUGCAAUAGUUCAUUAAGUACUUGUAUCCAAGGAUUUGGACCCAAUCCCAAUUACGGGUACACUAAUUAUGAUACCUUCCCAUGGGCUCUGCUUAAUGCCUUUCGUCUUUUAACUCAAGAUUAUUGGGAAUCGUUAUAUCAAAUGAUCCUACGAACAACAAGUCCUUGGCAUAUAAUUUACUUUAUUGGAGCAAUAUUUUUAGGCUCAAUCUACUUAGUUAACCUUAUUUUGGCCAUAGUUGCCAUGUCAUAUGAUGAACUGCAGAAGAAACUGGUCGAUGAAGAUUUGGCGGCCGCUGCGGAAGAAGCAGCCUAUCAGGAUACCCUUCGUCAAGCCGAGGUGGAUGAUGGCCGUUCAGUUGGUCCUCCUGCAGGUUCGGGUCCUGCACUGGUUGACAGUGUUGCAGGUUUAAUGGGAAUGAAUGACAUGCCAACCAAUGGUAACCUUUUAUCUCACCCAUCACCUCAACAUACAUUUCACCCAAUGGGAAGCUCAAUAUUGCCUCUUCACUUGGACCCUUUGGCUCGCCGAGAAUCGGAUGCACCGCCAAGCCCUUCAGUUUACUCUGAUUAUGAUGAUAAAGUGGGUGAUGAAAGGGACAGAGUUUCCAUUAAGAGUACCGAAGAAAGUAAUCCCAAUUACGAUUUUCGUGGUGGACGAAUCAACGGAAAGGUUCGUAAGGCAAGUUUAAGUCUUCCAGGCUCACCUUAUAACUUACGUCGAGGCAGUCGAGGAAGCCAAUUCAGUGUGACCUGGGCUCGUAACAAUGCACGUCGUGUGGGUGAUCGUAAACCUUUGGUACUUCAAACCUUCUUAGACGCCCAAGAACACCUGCCCUAUGCCGAUGAUAGUGCCGCAGUUACCCCAAUGUCGGAGGAAAAUGGUGCCAUCGUUAUACCCGUUUAUACAAAUUUACACUCUCGACAUUCCAGUUAUACGUCCCACUCUUCCCGAAUCUCCUAUACUUCCCAUGGUGAUAUAUACGGUCGAGGUAUUCCCUGGACCAAAGAGUCGCAAUUGCUCUCGAGGAGAAACCUUCAAGGAUUUUUUCAAGAGGAUAUGUAUGCUCAGGGAGAUGAUAUUGGAAGUGCUUUAAUGAAACGACAACUUGAAAAUCCUUUUAUCGACCCACAGCAAACACCUCGGCACACUGCCGUUGAUAUUAAAGAUGUAAUGGUUCUAAAUGAUAUUAUCGAUCAAGCUGCUGGACGACAAAGCAAAUCUAGUGAAAGAGUUUCUAUUUAUUAUUUUCCUACAGACAAGGAAGAUUGCGAAGAAGAGAAGCCCAGUUGUAAGCAACAAUUUACAACUUCUUGUCUUAAGGCUAUUGAUGUUUUGUGUGUUUGGGAUUGCUGUUGGUGCUGGGUUCGCAUCCAAGAGUUGUUUGCUCUCAUUGUCUUUGAUCCCUUUAUGGAGCUCUUUAUUACCUUAUGUAUAGUCGUUAAUACACUUUUCAUGGCAAUGGAUCACCACGACAUGGAUCCCGAUUUUGAGAAUGUCCUUAAAACUGGAAAUCUGUUUUUCUCUGCAACUUUUGCCAUUGAAGCCUUCAUGAAGUUGAUUGCAAUAAGUCCAAAGUUUUACUUUCGCGAAGGUUGGAACGUGUUUGACUUUAUCAUUGUGGCCUUGUCUUUAUUGGAAAUUUUUCUCGAAGGUGUUCGAGGUCUUUCAGUUUUACGCUCUUUCCGUCUUUUAAGAGUUUUUAAGCUUGCCAAAUCGUGGCCCACUCUUAACCUUUUGAUCACCAUUAUGGGUAAAACUUUAGGGGAUUUGGGUAAUUUAACCUUUGUCCUGGCCAUCAUUGUAUUCAUUUUUGCUGUUAUGGGAAUGCAACUGUUUGGAGCCAAUUAUUCAAAGAAAGUGUACCUUUUUCCGAAUGCAGAGAUUCCUCGUUGGAAUUUCAAAGAUUUCAUGCACUCUUUCAUGAUUGUUUUCCGUGUCCUGUGCGGCGAAUGGAUUGAAUCAAUGUGGAGCUGCAUGUUGGUCUGUGGCUUUGUCUGUGUUCCCUUCUUUCUGGCCACCGUUAUCAUUGGUCAUCUUGUUAUGCUUAACCUUUUCCUUGCCCUGCUCCUUUCCUCUUUCGGUGCAUCCAACCUUUCCUCACCAACCUCGGAAUCGGCCGACACCAAGAAACUUCAAGAAGCCUUUGAUCGCUUCGGUCGAGCCCAUAAAUGGUUAAAAAAUCGAAUUCUAACCGGACUUAAGCAGCUUCGCAGUAAAACGCGAAAUCAAAUUCGAGACACGGCACAGUGGCCGGGUAGAGGUGGUGCAUCAAGUGGUGGCAUGGUGGGUCGAUCCAUGAUGCUUGGCAGUGAAAGUGUUCUCGAUGAGGGAGACAUCAUUAUGAUGGAUGGACUGAAUGCGUCUGGAUUGAUUCGCGAUAAAAAGCUUCUUGCUGCUGCUGCUUAUGGUGAAACGGUUGUCGGUCCCGAUGGACUAGAGUAUUCACUUACAGAGAGUGGAAAGGUUACUCUGAAAAGUUCCGCUCAAACUGUUCUCAAUUCAGUUAAAUUGUCUCAAGCGGUUAAAGAUUUGUCUAGUGAUAAGCUUAUUCUAACUGAAUCGGCGCUCAUUGAAAAAUUAUCUCCGUCCGUAACAAAUCAUUCAGAUGAAGGUAAUCGGUUACAUGGUGACGUUUCAACUGUUAAUAAUAAUAAUGUAAAUGAUCGGUCAACUUCGCUCAACAAUACCAACUUUAACAAUUCACUCAAUAGCAACAAUUUGUUAGUUAGUGCAUCAACCAUCAACAAUAAUAAUGUUAAUAAAGUUAAACCGUCCUUACAUGAUGCCAAUGGAUGUUCACCUUUCCCAUUGGAUGAUAAUCAUCAUCAUCAUCAUCUUGUUCAACAGCAACCUCAUGGUGGUGACUACCAUGGUGAAAGUGGAUAUUAUGGUUCAUCUGAGAGUCAACAGCAUCUUGUUAAUAAUAAUGUUAGUAAUAAUAAUGACAGUUCAGCUCAACAGUCAUCAUCAUUAUCAGUGACUCCGUCUCAUCAUCUUAAUCAUCCCUCAUCUCAUCCAACUGCUCACCAUUAUAAUGCAUCUCAAUUGUCCAAGGUUCACCCAGCUGGAGGUCCGGUUCCCAUUUCAUUUCAACAUUCAUACUCUUCCCUUAACCGGUUGGCUCCUUCACCCUUGAACCAUUUCAAUGGGCCUGGUGAAGAUGUUAUGGGUGAAGAGAUGAAUGCCAAUAAAAUGGUUACUGUGACUGCUGAUGUAAACAUUAACGAUCAUCCGGAUGAUUGUUUACCUGAAUAUUGGUAUCAUCGAUUCCCAUGUUGCCUGGAAGAAACAGCUUUCUGGAUUAAAUGGAGAGAGGUUCGAUCAAAGUGUUAUAAACUUGUUGAGGAUAAAUAUUUUGAAACUCUUGUUAUCACCUUGAUCCUCAUUAGUUCAAUGACUCUGGCCUUGGAAGAUGUUAAUCUUAAAGAACGUCCCUGGUUGGAAUAUUCAUUGAAAUAUAUUGAUCAAUUUUUUACCAUCAUAUUUACAUGUGAAAUGCUUCUUAAAUGGUUUGCCUACGGGUUUAAAAGUUACUUUUCCAAUGCUUGGUGUUGGUUAGAUUUUAUUAUUGUCAUGGUGUCAUUGAUUAACUUCACUGUUGGCCAAUUAGGGUUCUCAAAUAUUCCAGCCUUUAAGACUAUGCGAACUUUAAGGGCACUGAGGCCACUUCGAGCAAUGUCCCGAUUGGAAGGGAUGAGAGUUGUAGUUAAUGCCUUGAUUCAGGCAAUUCCAGCAAUUUUCAAUGUACUUCUUGUGUGCCUAAUUUUCUGGUUAAUUUUUGCAAUCAUGGGAGUUCAACUGUUUGCUGGUAAAUUUUCAUAUUGUCGUGAUCGUAAUACGGAGGAAAAAAGUGAUCCAAAUGAGAUUGAAAACAAGACUAUCUGUGAUCAACACAAUGAAACCCUUGAAUGGUAUACGCCAAUGGUCAAUUUUGACAAUGUAUUUAAUGGUUACCUUUCACUUUUUCAAGUGGCAACAUUCAAAGGUUGGACAAUUAUUAUGGACCAUGCAAUUGAUUCACGUGAAGUCCAUCAACAACCAGUUUAUGAAAAUAGUAUUCUGAUGUACUUAUAUUUCGUAUUUUUCAUCAUUUUUGGCUCUUUUUUCACACUUAACCUGUUUAUUGGAGUCAUUAUUGAUAAUUUUAAUGAACAAAAAAAGAAAGGAGGUGGUUCCAGGGAGAUGUUGAUGACGGAAGAUCAAAAAAAGUAUCUCAAUGCUAUGAAAAAGAUGGGAUCAAAGAAACCAAUGAAAGCCAUCCCCAGGCCAAGGUUUAAACUUCAAGCAAUAAUUUUUGACAUUGUAACAAACAAAAAGUUUGAUAUGUUGAUAAUGUUAUUCAUAAUGCUGAACAUGUUUGUGAUGUCCCUUGACCAUUACCAGGCCUCUGCUUUCAUGGAGCACAUCCUUGAGAUGUGUAACCUAUUUUUCAUUGCAGUUUUCACUGCUGAAUGCAUGCUCAAAAUUUUUGCUCUUCGUUUCCACUAUUUCCGGGAACCUUGGAAUGUCUUUGACUUUGUAAUUGUCAUCUUAUCCAUUGCAAGUUCGGCAUUGAAAGAUUUUGUUGAAAAUUAUUUGAUAUCACCAACGUUACUUCGAGUUGUUCGAGUUGUUAAAAUUGGUCGAGUCUUGCGAUUGGUUAAAGGUGCUCGAGGAAUACGAACCCUUCUUUUUGCCUUGGCAAUGUCUCUUCCUGCCUUAUUUAACAUUUGUUUACUACUUUUUUUGGUUAUGUUUAUAUACGCAAUCUUUGGAAUGUCGUUCUUUAUGAACGUCAAGCAACGUUAUGGUCUCGAUGAAACUUUCAACUUUGGUACCUUUUUCCGAUCUUUUAUCCUUCUCUUUCAAAUGUGUACCUCAGCGGGCUGGGAUGGUGUAUUGGCUGCCAUCAUGGAUGAAUCAAAGUGUGAGAAGGAUAGCGAAGUGUCAGAUUGUGGGUCCAAAAAAAUUGCGAUCGCAUAUCUGGUCACCUAUUUGAUCAUUUCUUUUCUUGUUAUUGUAAACAUGUACAUUGCUGUAAUCUUAGAAAAUUAUUCUCAAGCAACUGAAGAUGUCCAAGAAGGUUUAACAGAUGAUGAUUAUGAUAUGUACUAUGAGAUUUGGCAGCGUUUCGAUCCUGAUGGAACACAGUUUAUAUCAUUCAAUGAUUUAGGAGAGUUUUUGGAUGCACUGGAAGAACCUUUGCGAGUUCCGAGGCCCAAUAAAUUUAAAAUUAUCCAAAUGGAUAUACCAAUAUGCAGAAACGACAUGUGUUAUUGUGUAGAAAUUUUGGAUAUCCUGACAAGAGAGUUUUUCGCACGCAAAGGAAAACCAAUUGAAGAAACACCAGAAUUGGAGGAAGUUUUACCUUUGAGGGGUCGCUUUGAACAUAUUUCAUCAACAUUUUGGAGACAACGAGAAGAAUAUUGUGCAAGAAUAAUUCAAACAGCAUGGCUAAAAUAUAAGGCUCGAAAGAACGCAGCUGAUGGAGACGACGUUUUCACAGAUGAAUCAAUGGAGAGGAAUCGAGCAUCAUCUAUUGUAGGUGAUGAUGAUGGUGCGGGACAGACUGUUAAUAGCAAGGGUCAUAAGGUUGUAAUUCACUCAAGGUCACCAAGUAUCACAAGUCGGUCAACUGAUGUGUGAGGAAAUGCCAAAUCGCUUUUUGUUUGUAGGAAAAUAACGAUUAAUGUAAAAGAAUAAUGGACAAUUAUUAAUGCAAGAUUCUUGUAUUAACGGCUCAUGUGAUCUUGCUGUGUUGCGCUAUUGACUGAGUA